AUGCUUCUGGACCCAGGAUGGCCAAACCCGUACGAGGCCCCGUCGGGGGUGGGGAGGCGGCAGGGCCCCCAACUCCUGCGCAGGCCCCCCUUCCUGGGCCUUGGUGAUGGAGUCUCCCCGCCGUGGCUGCUGUUCUUGCGGCCCCAGGACCCCUCCGCGGUCCGAGGGCGCCGCCCAGCCCCGCAGACCAGGGACCCGGGCUGUCACCCCCUCUCCGGUGGGGAGACAAAGAGGGGUCAGCGCAGGGGUGGGCUGGAGGAGGCAGGCAGGCCACCCGGCUUGGAAGAUGACAUCUGUUUAUUGAGCCCCUGCCGAGGGGGCUGGGAAGGCUCCGCGGGUCCCAGGCGGCCCGCCCCAACUGCGGCCACCCCCUUGCAGAGCCCGUUCCACCUGCAGCUGGACUGGGCCUGUCCCCUGGAGACGCUGCUCCACGUGCUGGCAUCCGUGCUGCGGGCGCACGGCUGGGAGGACGUCGGCCUGGUGCUCUGCCGCGUGCGGGACCCCGCGGGGCUGGCGGCCCUCUGGACAGCCCGGGCCGGCCGAGCCCCAAAGCUGGUGCUGGACCUGAGCCGGCCGCGCGCGGGUGACGCGGGGCUGCGGGCACGCCUGGCGCCGCUGGGGGCCCCGACGGGGGGCUCGGCCCCAGUGCCAGUAGCCGCGCUCCUGGGCUGCGAGGCGGCCCGCGCCCGCCAGGUGCUGCAGGCCGCGCCCCCCGGGCCCCGCUGGCUGCUGGGCACGCCACUGUCCCCCGAGGUUCUGCCCACGGACGGCCUGCCCCUCGGGCUGCUGGCACUGGGCGAGGUGGCUCGGCCCCCGCUGGAGGCCGCCAUCCAUGACGCCGUGGAGCUCGCGGCUCGAGCCCUGGGUAGCGCGGCGCGUGCGGCCCCCGAGCUCGCCCUCCUCCCCGCCGCGGCCGGCUGCCAGGACCCGCGGCCAGCCGGGUCUCUGUCCUCAGGCCGCUUGUUGGCACGGUUCCUGGCCAACACGUCCUUCCGGGGCCGCACGGGGCCGGUGUGGGUGACCAGCUCCUCCCAGGUGCACGUCGCCCGGCACUUCCGAGUGUGGAGCCUGCGCCAGGACCCGCUGGGCGCCCCGGCCUGGGCCACGGUGGGCCGCUGGCGGGCCGGGCGGCUGGAGCCGGAGCCGGGCGCCACGGCCGCACAGCCCCCGCCGCCACCGGGAGCCAGGGCCCGGCCCAAGCUGCGCGUGGUGACGCUGGUGGAGCACCCGUUCGUGUUCGCCCGCGAGCCGGACGAGGACGGGCAGUGCCCCGCGGGCCAGCUGUGCCUGGCCCCCGGCACCAACGGCUCGGCGGCGCUGGACGCGCUGUUCGCCGCCCUGGCCAACGGCUCGGCGCCGCGGGCGCUGCGCAGGUGCUGCUACGGCUACUGCAUCGACCUGCUGGAGCGCCUGGCGGAGGACGCGCCCUUCGACUUCGAGCUGUACAUCGUGGGCGACGGCAAGUACGGCGCCCUGCGGGACGGCCGCUGGACCGGGCUGGUGGGCGACCUGCUGGCUGGCAGGGCCCACAUGGCCGUCACCAGCUUCAGCAUCAACUCGGCCCGCUCCCAGGUGCUGGACUUCAGCAGCCCCUUCUUCUCCACCAGCCUGGGCAUCAUGGUGCGGGCCCGGGACACGGCCUCGCCCAUCGGCGCCUUCACGUGGCCGCUGCACUGGUCCAUGUGGCUGGGCGUCUUCGCCGCGCUGCACGUCACCGCCCUCUUCCUCACGCUGUACGAGUGGCGCAGCCCCUACGGCCUCACGCCCCGCGGCCGGAACCGGGCCACCGUCUUCUCCUACUCCUCGGCGCUCAACCUCUGCUACGCCAUCCUCUUCGGACGCACGGUCUCCAGCAAGACGCCCAAGUGCCCCACGGGCCGGCUCCUCAUGAACCUGUGGGCCAUCUUCUGCCUGCUCGUGCUGUCCAGCUACACGGCCAACCUGGCCGCCGUCAUGGUCGGGGACAAGACCUUCGAGGAGCUGUCAGGGAUCCACGACCCCAAGCUGCACCGCCCGCCGCAGGGCUUCCGCGUGGGCACCGUGUGGGAGAGCAGCGCCGAGGCCUACAUCAAGAAGAGCUUCCCGGACAUGUACGCGCACGUGCGGCGCCACAGCGCGCCCACCACGCCCCACGGCGUCUCCAUGCUCACGAGCGACCCCCCCAAGCUCAACGCCUUCAUCAUGGACAAAUCGCUCCUAGACUACGAGGUCUCCAUCGACGCCGACUGCAAACUACUGACCGUGGGCAAGCCUUUCGCCAUGGAGGGCUACGGCAUCGGACUCCCUCAGAACUCGCCGCUCACCUCCAACCUGUCGGAGUUCAUCAGCCGCUACAAGUCCUCCGGAUUCAUCGACCUGCUGCACGACAAGUGGUACAAGAUGGUGCCUUGUGGGAAGCGCGUCUUCGCCGUUACAGAGACGCUGCAGGUGGGCAUCUUCCACUUCUCGGGACUCUUCGUGCUGCUGUGCCUGGGGCUCGGCAGCGCCCUGCUCAGCUCCCUGGGGGAGCACGUCUUCUACCACCUGGUGCUUCCGCGCAUGCGAAGGGGCCACAGGCUGCAGUACUGGCUGCACACGAGCCAGAGAAUCCACCGUGCGCUCAACACAGAGCCUCCAGAAGGACAGGAGGAGCCAGAGCCAAGGGCUCCCGAGGAGCGGCGGCAGGACACGCCCACGGCCUGCGCAGGUGCGGGGGCCUGGACGCAGGUGCGCCGGGCCGUGGCGAGGGAGCGACGCGUGCGCUUCCUCCUGGAGCCCAGCGUGGCGGCCGCGGCGCCGGACUCGGAGGCCGGGCCCCCGGAAGGCCCCGUCUGGCUGCGCUCCAAUGGCCGCCUGCCGGCUGCGCCGCCCUCGGGCGCCCCGGACCCCGGCGAGCUGGAGCAGCUGGAGCAGCGCAUCCGGAGGGCGCGGGAGCGGCUGCGCCAGGCCCUGGCGCGCCGCGCGGAGCUCCUGGCCUGGCUGGGGGACGGCCCCGGGGAUCGGCUCCAAGCCUGCGCCGAGGCACCUGAAGCACCUGAGGUCCCCGGCGACUCGUCCCAGGGAACGCAGCCUCCCGGCCGCAUUCAGGCGGCUCCACCCCACGGCCUGCAGAUGCCACCCCAGCCCCCGUCAGAAGGAAGCACGGAGGUCCCUCCCUGCCCACACGCGCGUGCGCGCACACACACACACACACACACACGCUGUCAACAGUUUAUUCUAUAUACAAACACAAUUUUGUGCACUGCAAUUAAAUAG